AUGGAACCGGGGUCAAUGGAUCUAGGAGGAGGAUGCACGAACGCCAAGGAAUUCUGUGGGCAGUACAACAGAGAGCCCGGAGGGAUGACUUACCCAAUGUCGCAUCUGCAAUGUGGGUCGUGCCUCGACGGUUACACUGAGGAGGAGUGGACGGGAGGGAGGGUGGCGGAGGUGUGCCGGCCGACCGGAUCGUCCGACCGAACCCAAGACGACCUCGCCCCGGGAGAGACAUCGCAGGGAACGGAGCUUACAGUCAUCGUCGCCUCGAUCGUCGUCGGAGUCUGCUGCGUUCUCAUUCUCGUCGGAGUCUGGUUCGGGUUCAAGAAGAGGAGAAAGAAGCCGAAGAGGACAGACGUGGAAAGCAACGGACAAUCGGCGAGAGCACCGACUUUCCCCGAUACCUGGUCGUCCACAUCCUCGUUCCUCUUUCAGGGAAUGUCCCACCCUGUCCCCGUCCGCGACGGACCCCAACAGCUUGAUGUAGGAAUGGAGGCUCUCGAGAACCGAAAAGGAAGUGAAAUUGCUCAGGAGGAGACGCCGCUCGUAGUACACGGAUUCAUUUCCGGAGACCCAGAAAGACUUCUCAAGGCACAACCAGAGGAUUGGGAAGAAUAUCAGAGCAAUCCUUGUUCGGCGUACAAUAAUGUGUCGCGGGUCGGAAACGGAAACGAAUCGAUUACACCUCUAGCCCUUUCUACUAACGUGUCUUCCAUGUCUACGACGAGGCCAACACCCUUUCCUCCAUCUUCCAGCCUGUCAUCCUCUCCUUCACCCUCCAUCCGCUCACCGUCAGCUCCUUCACCCUCGACUCCGACGUCCUCUCCUUCACCACCAGGAUCAGCGGGAAGGGAACGGGAAUUUGGGAGGCAGUGGAGAUCUACCACGUCCGAGAGGCACAUCCAGGAGACGGAAUCCCUGCUCUUCUUGAGUCUAAUCACCAGAUCUUGUUCGUCUCGGUUUCGUCGCCAAGAGACCAGUCAGCACCCGUGACAGUUAAUCCCCAAAUUCGUCUGGAUCUUUCUCAUUCAUUUUCUCGCAUUUCUUUUAUCCCUUUCGUCAACGAGCUAACGGUGUCGAUUUUGAUCCUGCUGUUUUCAUCAUCUGUCAAUUUCUCUGUCUUGCAUAUAUCACUCUGCUUGAUUGCUAAUAAAUUUGUUUGCCCA